AUUGUAUAUCAGUGAUUAUAAUGUGCUCAUAUAUAAAGUAGUGUUAGUGUGGACAUGUGCCUCGUACAAUAUGCACAUACAUUUUGUGGAAGACUACAGUAGUUUGAGAUUAAACUAAAGCUAUUUGCAAUUCUUAUCUAUGAGUCAAACUCCAAGUCAUUCCAGUGGCUCUUAAAUACAGUCCUGCCCCAAUUUCACAAAUGGGGACAAGAAUGUUUAAGUACAAAACCUAACACACAAUUUUGUAGUCAAUCUCUAGGCUUGGUUUCCAUUGAUAAAUACUACAGAAGGUAUAAUGACCUAAAACUGAAGUAUGGGAAAGAAAUGGUUCAGAUAUGGCCUGAAUGUACAGAUCCUAGCAAAUUUGUUUACGAAGAUGUGGCUAUAGCCACUUACUUACUUUUACUCUGGGAAGAGGAAAGAACACUGCAAGGCUCCAACAAACUUCAAAGUUUUGUGGACUUGGGCUGUGGUAAUGGCUUACUAGUGUAUAUCUUGUUGAAGGAAGGGCACCCCGGAGUCGGUGUUGAUGUCAGAAAGAGACAAAUUUGGGACAUGUUUGGUGCUGAUGUCAAAUUAGAAGAAAAGACCAUCACUCCAUCUGAUACACAUCUCUUUCCUGACACUGAUUGGAUAAUAGGCAAUCAUUCUGAUGAGCUGACUCCAUGGAUCCCAGUGAUUUCAGCAAGGAGUUCUUACAAAUGCAAGUUCUUCUUGCUCCCAUGUUGUGCAUAUAACUUUGAUGGCACCAAAUACCAAAGGCAAAAUUCAUCUAAAAGUCAAUACACUGAGUAUUUGGAACACAUAAAGCAAUUGUGUGAAGACAUUGGUUUUAAAACAGAUGUUGACAGGUUGAAAAUACCCAGUACCAAAAGAAUUUGUCUUUUAGGCAGAGGUAGGACAUAUGAUGAGAAGUCUUUUGAAGAUCAAUGUAACCAGAUACAAAAUCUUAUUGAUAAAGAACAAAGGAACAGGGAUGAUAAUGUAUGGAUAAAUGAUUUUAAGCCUAGAGAUCCUGUUGAAAAGGUCAAAAAUUGUACUCAAGUAGACAAAGACUUGAUACAAUCUAUUGUGAGUCACAUAACCAACUAUUUACUUGAAGGUUGUAAGGUAUCAAAUGUGUGGAACCCUGGCAAAAUUGCUGAGAUUAAUAAGCUUGUACAACUGAUACCACAUGAGCAACUGAAAGCUUUAAAAUCAGAGUGUGGUGGUUUACAAACACUGUUGAAAAACAAUCACCACAUAUUCAGGGUCCAAAGUGGCAAAGUCCAGUUGAGGUAUCCUAAAACAGUUGAAGAAGUAAAGAAGGAUAGUCAGUACAAGAAGAAUAAAGCUAAGUCUGGAAACAUAAGAAUACAGUGUCGGCCAUGUUGGUUUUAUAACCACCACCCACAGGGAUGCCCACUGACAGAUGACAAGUGCAGUUUCUUACAUGCUAAGAGCUGACUAAGCAAAACAAACCACUAAACAGUAUAAAAAAUAAUUUAAUUUGACCAUUCACAUUUAUUUACAACAACAAAAAAUAUAAGAAAUAUUUAUUUAAAUAAAGCUUUUUCCUGUUAUAUAAAACCUAUACCACAUA